UCGCUGCGCGCUCGGGUCAGGUGCGCGCCGGGAGAGCGACUCCAAAACGCGCAGCUGCAAAGCUGAUUUAACGCUGCACAAAAACCGAGAUCGCUUUGAAAUAUACACAAAUAUAAUAUAGAAAGCUAAGAGGGGGAUUUACCGAAGUCUCGACACAAAGACACAGGAGAGCAACAAUACUGUCUGCAGGAACGCUGAUGGAAACGUACCUGACCAUAAACCCUUGCCCAGAAAAUUCCGUGCAAUGAAGCAGCACAGACCAGCUGCAGGUGCCUUUGAUUACCUUUUAACUUAAUCCGAAGAGCAAAGAAUAAAUAAUGAACUUGACAGACUCUGUUUGGCUCUUGGAAGAGCCCUGGAACCUCAGCCGUGUGGAGGAGGAGGAGGACGAGAAACUUUUAUUCGGGAUCGGCACGGAUAAUUUCAUCACGCUUCUGGUUUUCGGGCUCAUCUUUACGCUCGGCGUGCUGGGCAACUCCAUGGUGAUCACCGUGCUGGCCCGGAGCAAACCGGGAAAACCUCGAAGCACCACCAACAUAUUCAUCCUGAACCUAAGCAUAGCAGACCUGUCUUACUUGCUCUUCUGCAUCCCUUUCCAGUCCACUAUCUACAUGAUGCCCACUUGGGUGCUCGGUGCGUUUAUUUGCAAAUUCAUCCACUACUUCUUCACUGUUUCUAUGCUGGUCAGCAUCUUCACCCUAUCCGCUAUGUCAGUGGACCGAUACAUUGCCAUCGUUCACUCCAGAAAGUCGUCCUCUAUUCGGGUGGCGAAGCACGCUCUUAUUGGUGUGGUGGUGAUUUGGAUACUCUCCCUGGCCAUGGCUGCGCCUAUCAUGUAUUACCAGAAUAUUUUUCAGAGAGGGGAAAAUCACACCUUUUGCUGGGAAGUGUGGCCGGAUCAGAACCAGAAGAAGAUCUAUGUGGUUUGCACGUUUAUCUUUGGUUAUGUGCUGCCUCUGCUGCUCAUUUCUUUCUGUUAUGCAAAGGUGUUAAAUCACUUGCACAAAAAACUAAGAAAUAUGUCCAAAAAGUCAGAGGCAUCAAAGAAAAAGACUGCUCAGACGGUGCUUGUGGUGGUGGUGGUGUUCUGCCUGUCGUGGCUCCCUCAUCAUGUAGUUCACCUCUGGGUGGAGUUUGGGACCUUCCCGCUAAACCAAGCCUCCUUUGUAUUGCGGGUGGCUGCACACUGCCUGGCGUACAGCAAUUCAUCAGUCAACCCGGUCAUCUACGCCUUCCUGUCGGAGAACUUCAGAAAGGCCUAUAAGCAGGUGUUUAAAUGCCAGAUUAGAACCAGUGACUCCCCGCUCAAUGACAUCAAGGACAUUCGUAGCAAAGCGGAUACGCCGCCCUCAACUAACUGCACAAAUGUUUGACUUUUUCUUUUUCUGUCGCAUGGAUAUCGCGAAAGCUGUAAUAUUCCACAUAAGCGCUGUUAAUUUCACCUGGACUAGAGGGGAUAAGGCACCAGUGACUGCAGGACACGAUUACUGCCUCUUUGAUCCGGCUGUGAUUGCUACUGUACAUGUCAUCACUAAUGGAAAAAAAAAACCUGUCUGAAACUGAGAAAAAGUCAUCCUUCUUCGACAGUGACCUCUCUUAAACUGUAGAAAGUGAGUUUAUUCAAAUCAAUGAAUUUAAAACUCUGCAUGAGGAAAAGAAAAACAAGAUUGGUGCAGGUCUAAUAAGUGGAAAUUUUUCAUAAAAAGUAAGAGUUGUAUUAAAAGAAGCAACACAUAUAUACCUGUAAUACAGUCUGUUUAAAUAAAUAAAUAAAUACUUGUAUGAUUUUGCAGGAUUUGGAUUAUUCAAUGAAGAAGUAGUAAAGGAUCACAAAAUUCAUGCAUCUGAUCCAGUGGUUGUUUUGCCAUCUUUGUUUCUUUAGUGAUGAAAGAGGUAUAGGAUAACAUGCUAGCUGAGCUAGCUUGAAUGAGCUCCUCUUAGCUAGCUGUUUCUAAAACAGGUGGCUCCUAGCUACAUCCAAAACUGUUUCUACAAAUUACAUGUCAUAAACUAGACACAUUUAAGCCCAGUUUACGUGUUGCUAACUACUUUUAGCUUGGUAUGCUAAUGUUAACCCUGAAAACCUGGACAGUGAAAGCAAACAAUGGUUUUCCGAAGACAGGAGUGUGAUUAUGGCGCAAUAACUCUAAAAAGCUACUCUUUUGUUUCAUAAAAAGGGUCUAGGAUAUGAAGGUCUUUAAUAGUCCUAAUGUGCUUGUGAAUUCUAGUUAAAUUAGUACCAAAAAGGCCCUUUUUAAAAAAGAUUAGCAAGCAUGACUCACUAAUAUCAUGGAAACAUACAAUUUUGUUUCAAGUUAAGUUGAAUGAAAGUUGGCUAAUAUUUAACUCUGUAGUGGAUAACUUUUCUUUAUUUUGUCUGUUGUUACAGACACCAGAUUGAGAAUUAAAACCAGUGCCAAAACUAGUUUACCAGGAAACUAUAGGUGCCCAUAGACUAAAUCAACAUUGUCUUAAUUUAUUUGGCAAUGACUUGAUUGUAAUCCCCGUAGUCCAUCUUUAGGGUUUAAGAGCCUGUUUUGAUUUGAUUGAACUAUCAAACAUGCUUUAUAAUCAUCUUAAAGCAAAUUUCAUAUGACUACAGACAAUAUUUUUGUGUAAUAGACCUCUGGAGUUUGUGGUCAGUAUCACAGCCAUCUGUUUGGCAAAUAGUCUGCUGUACCUCCCAUUGAGGAAAAAAUAUGAAAGACUGGAACUAAAAGAUUUUUUUAAUUGUUUUUCUACAUAUUGAAGUUGUAAUCAUCACUGUGUGUGUUUUGGGGUUGUUAAAUAAGGUACAUCUUAACUGCACUCAUGACAAGGAUCAUAUACAUGAGUAUUAAAUGAGUAACAUUUUUCAAGUAAGCUGUCCAUCCCUGCUGAUGGUCCUUCACCGUAGAUUAAAAAUAAAAGACCUACUAUUUAAGUUGCACUCUGCUUGAGAAACAAUGUAUUUUAUUAUUACAUUUGGUUGUAAAUACUAAAAGCUAAAGCUUAUAUUCACAUAUGUCUUUGGAAAUCUUGCUGUACUUGCUUAUGAUGCUACGUAAACAGUUUUCAGAUUGUGUUGUGCUGUAUCAAUCAGCCUGGCUGUUGAAUGUACCGAUGCUUGUUGUACUUUUCCUGGUAGCCAUCUUUGUAACCAAGAAAACAACAGAACAAUGGAAAUGAAGAAUUUUAAUGUUGUACAAUAUAUGUGAUGUGCCAAAUCACCAUAUAGUAGCUUUAUCUCAGUGCAACAAAAUAAUUUAAACUACACAAGAUGAGAGCUUUAAAUACAGUACUGCUCGGUAUUCUCUGUAACCACAAAUACUCUGCUUAAGAUUUUAGUCCACAGCACCAUCUUUCUCCUGAGAACAGCAAAUACCGGUAAUCAGGGUCAUCCGAGUCUUGCCCUCGCUCUCAUUGAGGCUCUUAGAUGUGAGAGUCGAGGCUUUUUCUGACAGAGAUGCAGUUGAUGACUUUGCUCACUGUAUUGCUGACUGCACAGAUAAUUAUACCUACAAAGGACUCAGGAUUCUUUCUUUCUUUCUUUCUUUCUUUCUUUCUUUCUUUCUUUCUUUCUUUCUUUCUUUCUUUCUUUCUUUCUUUCUUUCUUUCUUUCUUUCUUUCUUUCUUUUUAAAUAGGACGUGCUUGGAAACCACAUCCUGAUGGUGUAGGGAACAUAGCUACUGAUUUCCGUAAAAAGAGUUAAUGAACAACAUUUUUCUUUUUAAUCAAGAAUGUAUUUUCAGUUUGAUAUCACUUUUUAUUGCAGUCCCCAAAUUACAGUAUAACUGUUUUAGUAAUUAUAGACUACUGAUCAAUAUUAAUCAUAUGUUUAGGCAUAUCUAAGUACAGGAGAAGAAGAUCAGAGGAUACAGACUAAGUGGUUCCAGCUUUUAUUCUGCUUUAUUUGUGUACUUUUUAUUAUUACUGCUAACGCUGUGAGCUCUUUUAAUUUCUAGGCUCUAUGAGAAUUUUAUCCCUGCGUUCCCUUUGGUAUUUACUGUUUCAUGAGUACAAUGAAUAUACUGUAACUGUAAUGUGACGGCUAUUUUCUUACAUGUUUUAUUUUCAUUUUGAAAUGUAGAUUUAUGGAUUAAACUUUCUUUCUUUUUUUUUUUCUUCAAAAUUCAUCUACUCCAUGCUCAGUAAAAUGUUUUUUCUCAUAAAUAAAAAUGGAAUUAAAAACAGUAUGGUAAAACCAAAUGUAUGCACAUACCAUUUUGUGAGUAAAUGCAAUAAAUGUAAUUCUUUCUAACUGUAAGUUUCUGGAGAGACACACAUUUGUACAACUUUUAGUCAUUUUGUUUAGUGUGGCUUGCUUUUUGACUCUGAUUCCUGUAUUAAAACAGCUGUGAUAUAAAAUCAAAAUCUGACAAAACAAUUAUAUAACUCUCUUUUAAGUAUAUUGAUAUCUGGAUUGUAUUAUGAAAUAUAUUCAGGCUUUUGAUUGUGUCUUAUGCAGUGCUGCUUGUAUUAUAGUCACAUUAAACUCUGGC